AUGGUAAGGAGGAAGCCGAGCAUGGGCCGUCAGAAGAUCGAAAUCAAGAGGAUCGAGAGUGAAGAGGCCCGCCAGGUAUGCUUCUCGAAGCGCCGCGCCGGGCUGUUCAAGAAGGCCAUCGAGCUGUCCAUCCUGUGCGGCGCCGAGAUCGGUGUCAUCGUCUUCUCCCCCGCCGGCAAGCCGUUCUCCUUCGGCCACCCCUCGGUCGACUCCAUCAUCGACCGCUUCAUCUCUGGCAGCCCCUCCCCUACGACUAUUCCAUCCGCCAACCCCCGCAUGCCGGCGGCGCGCGAGAUGAUGGUCGUCCGCGAGCUCAACCGCCAAUACACGGAUCUCGCGGCCUUGCUGGAGACUGAAAGGAGGAAGAAGGUGGUGCUCGAGGAGGCCGUGAGGGUGAUGCGGGCGGGGAAGGCCGUCUCGUGGGAAGCGAACAUCGAGGAGCUCGGCCUGGGGGAGCUCGAAGGACUGCAGAAGUCCUUUGAGAGGCUGAGGAUGGACAUGGCGAUGCGCGCCGACCAGCUCGUCAUCGAGGCCGCGCAUGCUCAGAGCUCCAGCAUGGCAGCGGCAAGCAGUGCUGCUCCUCCUCCUUCUGGUGUCAGUCUAGGCUUUGGUCGUGAAUUGGAGGGGAGCAUGGCGCUUCCUCCUCCCACUUUCUUUGGUCAUGGCCGUGGGCUCUUUUAG